UACCUCCUAUUGGUUGAAUCAGCUGGACAGCCUUCAGGAGCUCCUUGUUGUCUUGCUCUAAUUGUGGACCCUGUACACUGGAUUCUUUGCGCUGAAAAAUGUCGGAAGCAACGGUUGCGGACACCCGUCGUUUAAAUUCUAAACCUCAGGAUCUCACGGAUGCAUAUGGGCCUCCGAGUAACUUUCUCGAAAUCGACGUAUUUAACCCACAGACAGUUGGGGUCGGUAGGAACCGAUACACAACAUACGAGGUCCGAAUGCGGACUAAUCUUCCUAUCUUUAAACUGAAGGAAUCUUGUGUACGGAGAAGAUACAGUGAUUUUGAGUGGCUGAAGAAUGAAUUGGAGAGAGACAGUAAGAUUGUGGUGCCUCCACUACCUGGAAAAGCCUUGAAGCGCCAACUCCCAUUUCGAGGUGAUGAAGGCAUUUUUGAAGAGUCUUUCAUUGAAGAGCGACGACAAGGUCUUGAACAGUUCAUUAACAAAAUUGCAGGUCAUCCCUUGGCACAGAAUGAGCGCUGCCUCCAUAUGUUUCUGCAAGAAGACACAAUUGACAGGAACUACAUCCCUGGGAAAGUACGCCAGUAGUCAGGAGUCUCCAGUAGCUGUUUUCUUCCAUUCCACCUUCCCACUUGUGCAAAAUAACAAUUAUUUUUACACUAAAAAUAAAAAGAAGCUUUCACUUCUAAACUUUUUAAUUUCUUUUUGUUUGUCUUUUUUAUUUAUCAUCAGUGUUACUUGGGUAAGACUGGAAUCUUGCAUUUGUUGUUCUGCCAGUAAAGCUAUACUAUGGGUGAUGUUCAAAGAAAACUUGUACACAAUUUGUAAACAUCUGCCAAACAGUGUAGUUUAGCAUUACAGAUGCAGUAAGGUGGCCUGUGGAUUUUUUUCUUCAUUUAAAUGAAAAAAAAAGCAUGCAAAAUAUAAUUGGAUAAUGAGAAUAGUAUUUCAAUGAUGGAAUGAUCAAUGGCUGUUGUACAUUUCUUUAUAGUACCUCAUUGAUCUUAUAUAUUUUUUAUUUCUCUUGCAAUUUCUCGCCGCUGAUUGUUUUCUGUUGCCCAUCUUCAUGUGCUGUAUUUCCAAUCCCAAGCCCAAGAUGUCAACAUGUAGACAUGUAUGACCUGCAAGAAAUGCAGUUCAAUAAUACUUUGGUUUUAAAGGGAUAUGCAGGUAAAUGAAUGCAUCAGAAAAAUAUGAACAAUGCUGUGUAAGAGUAUCUUUAGUAAACGUUCAAUUUAUAUUAA